GAAUUUAUGUACUGAAAAAAGAAAAUCAUGUUUCCACUUCCCAGUUUAUGUUCAUUCUAAAAGCAAACUAUUGAAUUCUAUUUCAUAUUCUUCAAGUUUAUGAAUACUUCAGUUAUUCACACCCAUAUUAUUUUUUCUUUUUUGUUUUAACUACCUAUAAUGAUUGAAGGUAGAGCAAAUGAACUUCCCGACUUUCUAGUCUUUCGCACUGUUAUAAAAUACUGCCUCUUCAUAAUUAUCGUGCCCGUUUUGUCAUUCUUCUCUGCGAAGACUUUAUUUGAUGGCAUUCUAAGAUUGGAGCCCAUCACAAGCAGUGUAUAUUCUGCUGUUGUAGCUGUAAUUGUGUUACAUGUUACUUUAGGUUUGUAUAUAUACAGGGCUUACAGUGAAACAGAACAUACCCCAGCCAAACCUGUUAAAAAGGAUUAG